AUGUCGACGGCUGCAGCCACCGCCGCCCUGACCUCCUCCACCUUCGCGCGGCGGCCUCGCGCCCCGCGGGGCGGCAGGCGGACGGUGCGGCCGCGCGGGUGCGCGUUCCACCCGGAGGUGGCCCGGGCGGUGGAGUCGCUGCAGGCGGAGUUCCGGGAGGUGGACCGCGCCCUCGCCCUCAACUCCUCCCGCGUCUCCACCGCCUUCCGCGCCGCCCGCGUCGCCCCCCACGUAACCCCUCACACCUCCACUCCGCAUACUCUCUCUCUCUACCCCCUUUGCCUGCUGCUACUGCUCUCUGACGCGCGGGUGCCCGUGUGGGAACUGCAGCACUUCGGUGGGUCGACCGGGUACGGCCACGACGACGCCGGCGGCAGGGAGGCGCUCGACGCCGUCUUCGCCAACGUCGUAGGCGCCGAGGCCGCCAUCGUGCGCCCCCAGUUCUUCUCUGGCACGCACGCCAUCGCCUGCGCUCUGUUUGCGCUGCUGCGGCCUGGGCUCGAGCUCUUGGCAGUUGCCGGGCCUCCGUAUGACACAUUGGAGGAGGUCAUUGGAAUCAGAGGUUCGGCCAAUGUAGGAUCGCUCAAGGACUUUGGAGUUACCUACCGAGAAGUUCCGCUCGCAGCAGAUGGUGGCCUUGACUGGGACGCGCUUGCACAUGCCGUCGGACCGGAGACCGGGUGCGCGCUCAUACAGAGGUCCUGUGGUUACUCGUGGCGCAAGAGCCUGGGCGUAGCUGAUAUCCGUAGAGCUAUCGAUUUGAUCAAGAUGCAAAAUCCAAACUGCAAGGUCAUGGUGGACAACUGCUAUGGUGAAUUUGUUGAGACGUCAGAGCCUCCAAUGGUGGGAGCAGAUCUGAUUGCCGGUAGCCUGAUAAAGAACCCCGGCGGUACCAUUGCGCCUUGCGGUGGCUAUGUUGCUGGGAAGAAAGAUUUGGUUGCUGCAGCUGCAGCUCGCCUAUCCGCACCGGGCCUUGGGGUGGAGUUUGGGUCAGCACCUGGACAUGUUAUGCGUGCAAUGUUUCAGGGCUUGUUUCUUGCUCCGCAGAUGGUUGGAGAGGCAGUAAAAGGUGGUUUGCUAAUUGCAGAAGUCAUGUCAGCCAAGGGCUAUAGAGUUCAACCACUUCCAAGGGCGCCACGCCAUGAUAUUGUGCAGGCAGUAGAGCUUGGCAACAGGGAGAGACUCAUAGCAUUCUGUGAAGUUGUUCAACAAACUUGUCCAGUUGGAUCGUUUAUUAAGCCAACCGCUGGGGAAACUCCUGGUUAUGCUUCAGAGGUCAUUUUUGCUGAUGGGACCUUCAUGGAUGGAAGCACAAGCGAGCUAUCAUGUGACGGGCCCUUAAGAGAUCCAUACGCUGUCUUCUGUCAGGGAGGAACGCAUUGGACACAGUGGGCUCUUGUCCUGGGUGAAGUUCUCAAGAUCAUAUAG